UUAAAAGACGACAGUGAUCAGAUCUACUUGAAAAAUUAAGCGACUUGAUUUGGUUGGAAUAUAUGUUUACCAGUUCUUUAACGUUCAUUCUCUAGAUUCCCAGAAGUUGCAUAUGAGUUCCAGUGGGGAGAAUUGGCAUCUUGGAAAGCAAAGACGGUUGUGAUGCAGUUUUUUGAUAUAAGGAUCACAGGAAGCAUCAGGACAAUCAUGCCCAUGAGAACGCUAGAUCAUUCAGGUCAUUCCAUCUUAGUGAAACUGGCAAUCCAACUUUGCUCUAGUUGAUGAGCAAAACUUCUCCCAGACUAUUCAUUCCCACUCACCCUAGUCAAAAAGAUUCAAAUGCCAUAAGAAGUCUUUAUAGAUUUGCACUUAGCUUUCAGAUGGAUGCUUCUGCAAUGGAGAGAACUGUGUUAUAGCCCCUGUUCAAGGACAUUAUCAUCGAAGGCUCAUAGACUCCCAUAUGAGAGUGGAAGUUUCCAAAGAGGAAGAAGCAUCAACCCCUCUGCAGACACCCCGGAAAAUGGACGCACCCAAGCUUUCCUAAAGCACAGCACCGGGAGACGCUCCAUGAGUCUGCAGGGCUUGCACGUGAACUAGCACUUAAGACCGUGUGUAACAAAAUGGACAGUGGGGACACAGCUCUAGGACACAAAGCUACCUCAAGGUCUGGAGAAACUGAGAAAGCAUCAGGUAGAUGGAGACAGGAGCCAUCAGCUGUGAAGAUGAGCACUUUUGGCAGUCCAGAGGGACAGCAGCGGCAACCGCAAAUCGAUCCAGAGCAAAUUGGAAACGCGGCGUCAGCACAACUCUUUGGUUCUGGGAAACUGACAUCAACCGGUGAAGUGGCCCAGCAAGUCCCCGAGAAGCAAUAUCCCCCGCACCAUCCGAGUCCUUAUUCAUGCCAACACUCACUCCCCUUUCCUCAGCACUCAUUGCCACAGGGGGUCAUGCACAGCAACAAGCCCCAUCAGAGCCUAGAAGGCCCUCCGUGGCUCUUCCCUGGCCAUUUGCAAUCUGUCGCCUCCGAGGACUUAUUUCCUUUUCCGCUACACGGCCACGGGGGUGGCUAUCCCAGAAAAAAGAUAUCCACUCUGAACCCUGCGUAUAGCCAAUACUCCCAGAAAAGUAUCGACCAGUCUGAAGAGGCUCACAAGAAGGAGCACAAACCCAAAAAGCCCGGCAAGUACAUCUGUCCUUACUGCAGCAGGGCGUGUGCCAAACCAAGCGUACUGAAAAAGCAUAUCAGGUCCCAUACUGGUGAGCGGCCGUACCCGUGUAUUCCAUGUGGUUUCUCCUUCAAGACAAAAAGCAAUUUGUACAAGCACAGGAAGUCCCAUGCCCAUGCCAUUAAGGCCGGGUUGGUGCCAUUCACAGAGUCAGCGGUAUCUAAAUUGGACCUCGAGGCUGGUUUUAUUGAUGUAGAAGCAGAAAUACAUUCAGAUGGUGAGCAGAGUACAGACACUGACGAGGAGGGUUCGUUAUUUGUUGAGGCUUCGGAGAAAAUGAGCCCCGGCCCACCACUCCCGUUGGAUAUAGCUGGCAGGGGCAGCUAUCAUGGGUCCCUGGAAGAGUCCUUGGGAGGUCCAAUAAAGGUGCCGAUUCUGAUUAUCCCCAAAAGUGGGAUUCCAUUGUCGAGUGAAAGCUCUCCGUACAUCAGUCCCGAUAUGCUACCCAAUCCGUCUCUAAAUGUUAAAGCUGAUGACUCGCACACAGUUAAACAGAAACUUGCACUAAGACUGUCAGAGAAGAAAGGACAAGAUUCUGAGCCAUCUCUGAACCUUCUGAGCCCGCACAGUAAAGGAAGCACUGAUUCUGGUUACUUUUCACGCUCAGAAAGUGCAGAGCAGCAAAUAAGUCCUCCAAACACAAAUGCAAAGUCUUAUGAAGAAAUCAUCUUCGGAAAAUACUGUCGGCUCAGUCCGAGAAAUGCACUCAGUGUUACACCCACCAGUCAGGACAGCUUGGCCCUGGGUAGGAAGGGCCUGAUGGAAUCAUUACCUCACGUAAACACCAGGUUAGAAGUCAAGAUGUUCGAAGACCCUGUAUCUCAGCUGAUCCCAGGCAAAGGAGACAUUGACCCCAGUCAAGCAGGCAUGCUGAAAGCUCCCAAAUUCAUUAGCGAGACCAGGCCUUCCCAGCACGAAGGAAAACUUUAUUCAGCAAAUUUCCAAGGCAGCAGCCCAGUCCUCUUAGAUGCACCUAUAGACUCGUCACCCCUUAUCAGAAGCAACUCAAUGCCCACUUCUUCAGCAACGAAUCUAAGUAUUCCGCCUUCUCUGAGAGGCAGCCACUCUUUUGACGAAAGGAUGACGGGAUCCGACGACGUCUUCUACCCGGGGACGGUGGGCAUCCCCCCGCAGCGCAUGUUAAGAAGACAGGCAGCCUUUGAGCUGCCUUCGGUACAGGAGGGGCACGUGGAGGUAGAGCACCAUGCCAGGAUGCCGAAAGGUCUCCCAGGCUCAUCCUCCAAGGAAAAGAAAUUGAUUCCUGGGUACGACUAUGAGACCUGCCAGAAGCCCUACAAGAAGUGGGAGGACUCGGAAACCCCAAAGCACAGCUACAGGGACAUCGCCUGCUUGGGUUCUUUGAAACACAGCGGCGAGUAUUUCAUGGAGUCCUCGGUGCCGCUGCCAGGCGUUCCCACCCUGUUUGGGGCGACGUGUGAAACCAGAAAGCGCCGCAAGGAGAAGAGCGUGGGAGAUGAGGAGGACACGCCCAUGAUUUGCAGCAGCGUUGUGAGCACCCCCCUGGGCAUCCUGACGUCAGAAUAUGACCCCAAAUUGCAACUGCAGGAAGGAGGCAGGAGUGCAUUUGCCGUGGUCGGGCACGAGAACCCUCCUCAUGGGCAUCCCGAGCGCUUUGACUCCGGUGGCACCCCGCUGCCGUCUGCAAGUCUCUCCCUUGGGUCCGAGGAGGCCCCCUCCGCCGCCGAUCCAGACAAGGUGGCCGACCUAGGAGGCCGGAAGCCUCCGGGAAACGUGAUUUCUGUGAUUCAGCACACGAACUCGCUCAGCCGACCUAACUCCUUUGAAAGGUCCGAGUCGGCCGAACUCGCGGCCUCCGCACCCGAUAAAGCCUCGUCACCCUCCGAGGCCGGGGACAGCGAGGUCUCCGAGGCGCCCGUGAGUCCCGAGUGGGCUGCCCAGGGGGAGAGUGCCGAAAGCGGGGGGAAGCCGCCGCCUUCUCAGCGGGGGCAGCAGCAGCCCUACCACGCGCAGCCUCGGUUGGUUCGCCAGCACAACAUCCAAGUCCCCGAGAUCCGGGUGACCGAAGAGCCUGAUAAGCCCGAGAAGGAGAAGGAAGCGCAGAGCAAGGAACCAGAAAAGCCCGUGGAGGAAUUCCAGUGGCCGCAGAGAAGCGAGACCCUUUCCCAGCUGCCAGCCGAGAAGCUGCCGCCCAAAAAGAAGCGUUUGCGACUCGCAGACAUGGAACACUCCUCCGGCGAGUCCAGCUUCGAGUCCACGGGCACCGGCCUCUCCCGCAGCCCCAGCCAGGAAAGCAACUUAUCGCACUGCUCCAGCUUCUCCAUGUCCUUUGAAAGAGAGGAGAGCAUUAAGCUGGGGGCGCCUGCGAGGCCCGACGAGCUGGGGAAGCAUUCUGAGUUCCUGACCGUCCCCGCGGGCGCCUACUCUUUGUCUGUCCCUGGUCACCACCACCAGAAAGAGAUGCGGCGCUGCUCCUCCGAGCAGAUGCCUUGCCCGCACCCAGCCGAGGUCCCAGAGAUCCGCAGCAAAUCCUUUGAUUACGGAAACUUGUCCCAUGCUCCCGUGGCGGGCCCAUCCUCGGCCGCAGUGUUGUCGCCGUCCCGAGAGAGGAAGAAAUGCUUCUUGGUCCGGCAGGCGUCCUUCAGCGGUUCCCCGGAGAUCGCCCAGGGUGAGGCUGGUGCGGAUCAAAGCGUGAAGCAGGAGCAGAUGGAGCACCUGCACGCCGGCCUCCGAUCCAUGUGGCACCACGGCCCGUCCGCCAUGCUUCCGCCCCUGCCAGCCGAUGACCCCGGGAAGCAGGCCCCGGGUCCCAGUGCUCCGCUGGGUUCUGGGUCCCUGCACCUGGCCCAGCAACAGAUCAUGCACGUGGACAGCCAGGAGUCUCUGAGAAGCCCCUUGGUGCCACCCACGUCCUACAUCGCCAGCAAGCACGGGUCCGAGCCACCGCAUUUGUUUCCACGUCCAGAGACGAUCCCGUAUUCUCCGCUCCAGAGCGCCCUGUUUCAGUUCCAGUAUCCGACUGUCUGCAUGGUCCAUCUGCCCGCUCAGCAGCCUCCCUGGUGGCAGGCUCAUUUCCCAACCCCCUUUGCUCCGCACCCUCAGAAGAGCUAUGGCAAACCCCCGUUCCAGGCAGAAAUCCAUUCGAGCUACCCCUUAGAGCACGUCUCAGAGCACACUGGAAAGAAAGCUGCGGAUUAUGCACACGCGAAAGAGCAGGCUUACCCGUGUUACUCGGGAACAUCAGGGCUACACUCAAAGAGCCUUCCAAAGUUACCCUCCGACUCCAGCCCGAGGUCAACAGAUGCGCCCUCCGAGCCGCUGUUCCCAGAGGAGUUUGCCUCGGCCAGCAGUGGGCCCUUACAGUCCUUACCAGGAACAGUGGUUCCCGUUCGGAUCCAGACCCACGUACCCUCGUACGGGAGCGUCAUGUACACAAGCAUUUCUCAGAUACUUGGGCCGAACAGCCCUGCGAUUGUCAUCUGCAAAGUUGACGAGAACAUGACACAAAGAACCCUGGUAACGAACGCAGCCAUGCAGGGAAUCGGGUUUAACAUCGCCCAGGUGUUAGGGCAGCACGCAGGCUUGGAAAAAUACCCCAUUUGGAAAGUACCUCAGACCUUACCCCUCGGCUUGGAAUCCUCAAUCCCCUUAUGUUUACCUUCCACCUCGGACACCGUCGCCACCCUUGGCGGUAGCAAGCGCAUGCUUUCCCCAGCCAGCAGCUUAGAGCUCUUCAUGGAAACCAAGCAGCAGAAAAGGGUGAAGGAGGAAAAGAUGUACGGACAGAUCGUGGAGGAGCUCAGCGCCGUGGAGCUGACCAGCUCCGAUAUCAAAAAGGAUCUCUCCCGCCCACAGAAGCCACAGUUGGUUAGACAAGGCUGUGCUUCCGAACCCAAGGACGGCUCCCAGUCAAGGUCAUCUUCCUUCUCCUCACUGUCACCUUCCUCGUCACAAGACCACCCGUCCGUGGGCACGCCUUCCGGGGAGCCAUUCCCAGCCAGCAGGGAGAUGCGGUCUGGUUCCAGGGCACCACCGGCCAGGCAGAGGUCCAGUGGGCCUUCGGAAAGCAGAGAGUCAUCGGAUGAGUUAGAGAUUGAUGAGACAGCAUCCGAAAUGAGCAUGAGUCCACAGAGCUCUUCCUUGCCACCAGGAGACGGCCAGCCUGAAGGCCAAGGCAAAGGCCAGAAGCCGCCUGUUGGCAUGCUGGUCCAGAUGUCAUCUGGCCCAAGUGGAAAAGUGUCAAACUCGACUCUUCUUUUCACGGAUGUGGCAGAUUUCCAGCAGAUUCUUCAGUUCCCCAGUCUGCGGACAACAACUACUGUGAGUUGGUGCUUCUUGAAUUAUACGAAACCCAAUUAUGUGCAACAAACCACCUUCAAAUCCUCAGUGUAUGCUUCAUGGUGCAUUAGUUCCUGUAACCCAAACCCCUCGGGAUUGAACACCAAGACCACGCUGGCACUUCUGAGGUCGAAGCAAAAAAUUACCACCGAAAUUUAUACUCUGGCUGCUAUGCAUAGACCUGGAACCGGCAAGCUGACAUCAUCAAGUGCGUGGAAACAGUUUGCUCAGAUGAAACCUGAUGCAUCGUUUUUAUUUGGCAGCAAACUAGAAAGGAAACUAGUGGGAAAUAUCUUAAAGGAAAGAGGGAAAGGAGAUAGCCACGGCGAUAAAGAUAUCGGAUCCAAACAACCUGAGCCAAUCCGAAUUAAAAUUUUUGAAGGAGGGUAUAAAUCAAAUGAAGACUACGUAUAUGUUAGAGGACGUGGACGUGGAAAGUACAUUUGCGAGGAAUGUGGGAUUCGCUGUAAGAAGCCAAGCAUGCUCAAAAAGCAUAUCCGCACUCAUACCGAUGUCCGGCCUUAUGUCUGCAAGCUCUGUAACUUCGCCUUCAAAACAAAAGGAAACCUAACAAAGCAUAUGAAAUCUAAAGCACACAUGAAAAAAUGCCUGGAACUGGGAGUGUCAAUGACAUCGGUGGAUGACGCAGAAGCAGAGGAAGCAGAAAAUAUGGAAGAUUUGCACAAAGCAACUGAGAAGAGUAGCUUGUCUAGUAUUUCAACCGAUCACCAGUUCUCUGAUGCUGAGGAAUCAGAUGGUGAGGAUGGAGAUGAUAAUGAUGAUGACGAUGACGACGACGAUGAUUUUGAUGACCAGGGAGAUUUGACACCCAAAACAAGAUCAAGAAGCACCAGUCCCCAGCCUCCUCAAUUCUCCUCGCUGCCUGUGAAUGUUGGCGCUGUGCCCCAUGGAGUUCCUUCAGAUGGUUCCCUGGGACAUUCCUCAUUGAUCAGUUAUUUGGUUACUCUGCCGAGCAUUCAGGUGACCCAGCUUAUGACACCAGGCGACUCGUGUGAAGAUACCCAGAUGACAGAAUACCAACGGUUAUUCCAGAGCAAAAGUACAGACUCGGAGCCAGAUAAAGACAGGUUAGACAUACCUAGCUGCAUGGAAGAAGACUACAUGCUCUCUUCAGAUCCCAGCUCCUCACCAAGGGACUUCUCCCCCUCAAGCCGCCACUCUUCACCGGGAUAUGAUUCUUCCCCUUGUCAAGAGAAUUCACCAAAGAGGUAUCUGAUACCCAAAGGAGAGUUUUCACCCAGAAGACAUUUGUCACCUCGGAGAGAUCUGUCACCCAUGAGGCAUCUUUCACCAAGAAAGGAAGCUGCCUUGCGAAGAGAGAUGUCACAAAGAGAUGUGUCCCCAAGGAGACAUUUGUCCCCAAGGAGGCCGCUCUCCCCUGGGAAAGAUAUCGGUGCCAGAAGGGACCUCUCCCCGAGAAGAGAGAGAAGAUAUCUGACCACCAUCCGAGCACCAUCACCCCGAAGGGCUUUAUACCACAAUGCUCCAUUGUCCAUGGGACAGUAUUUGCAAGCAGAGCCAAUUGUCUUGGGGCCUCCUAAUCUAAGAAGAGGAUCACCUCAGGUUCCUUACUUCGGUCUCUAUGGAGACCCAGAAGGUGCUUAUGAACAUCCAGGCCCCAGCCUUUUCGCCGAGGCUCCUCAUGACUAUGUCUUCAGCCAUCUUCCACUCCACUCUCAGCAACAAGUGCGAGCCCCUAUCCCCAUGGUGCCCGUUGGUGGGAUCCAAAUGGUUCACUCCAUGCCUCCGGCCCUUUCCGGUUUACACCCUCCACCCACUUUGCCUCUGCCGAUGGAGGGCGCCGAGGAGAAGAGAGCGGCUUCGGACGAGUCCUUCGCUAAAGAAGCCUCCAUGAUUGCAAAGCAGCACGAGAAGCGGUUGCCUCCCAUCUUUCAGUCCUCCGGUCCGCCUAGCGCGCCCUCUUCUCCUCUGCUGUUGAUGAAACAGAGCACUUCCGAAGACAGCUUCAAUGCCACCGAGAGGGAACAGGAGGAAAGCAUCCAGACGUGUACAAAAGCCAUUGCCUCGCUCCGGAUUGCCACCGAAGAGGCCGCUCUGCUUGGGGCAGAUCAGCCAGUGCGUGUGCAGGAGUCCCAGCAGAAGCCCGCGGAAAAUGCCCACGCUAGUAGUGUUAGGCACUUCAGUGGACCUGAGCUAGGGCAGCCCUGCACCUCAGCUACCCACCCUGACUUGCACGAUGGGGAAAAGGACAAUUCUGGGACAUCACAGACCACCGUAGCCCAUUCCACGUUUUACAGCAAGGGUUGUGUGAAUGACAGACAGCUGGGCCUUCAGAGCAGCCAGGAGUUCUCAAGCACAGAGGAAGGCACCGAACCUUCGUCAGAAAAGAGUCAAUUACAUUGAUCUAAGAUGCAUGGAGACUUUCACUGACACACUUUUCACCCCCUUUUUUUUAGGGGGGGGAUUUGGUUUUUCCUAGAGAUAGAGGUAACCAAGUUGAUAGCAUGCCUGUCCUAAGUUACAGUAGUUUGCUCUUAUAUAUACUUUUGUUAUAUCAAGAGAAUUAGGUAAACAUAACAAGUCAUCAUGAGCCUGACCAAAACAAAGUUUGGAAUUAACCUAUUGGGUCUGGUACUUUUAAAAUUGUACAGAUGUUUGUGCCUUUUCUUUACUUUGCUUAUAUUCUUAUAAGCAUUUUUUAGCAGUAAUUUGUACAUAUUUUAGAAUUUGUGUAUCUGCUUUGUAAUAAAUGUAAUUUCUUUCCAUUUUUUGGACACUUGGAUCUAAAUGAUGUAAAGCAAAACAGCAUCAAUAUAUAUGUGAGGUUGCACUAAAACAUAUUUUUAUAUGAUUAAAAACUGAACAGCUUUUAUGUACAGCUCUGAUUCUGUAAUACUAAUAUUUAUUUACUUUGUUUCAUAAAUUGUACAUUUUUUCUUAAUGUUGUGGAUUGCUUUUCUAUGUGAAGCAUGGGAUUUACUGUUGCGUAACUAGAACAAAAAUGUAUAUUGUAAACAAGAUAUUUAAACUAGAGUAUCUUAUUCUGCACUUAUGCAUUAGUUGAAAAAAAAGAUAAAGGAUGUUAUCAGUCAGUUCUUAACUUGUAAAUUUUUUGUCUCUUGUUUGCUGGAUUGACUAUAACUUAAGUGCUGAUUGUGAUUUUAAACUGAUAGUACCGUAAAGCAUUAAAGUAAACAAUGUGCUAUUGUGAGUUUUUCCAAAGCUUUCUAAAUCAGUUAUAAAUAAUAUUAAAAGUAUUUGGUCUUCUGUGAACAUGCUGAUCUAUAUACUCAUCUAAAACUAUGGGAAAACAUUCCGGCCCAUGUAAAUAUGUACAAGUGCAUCACUGGUACAAUUUUAUGUAACUCAGUUGGACACUAGGUUGCCACAGACCUAUGCUAGAGUGUCUUUAAAUAUUAAAGUGACAAAGCACAUGGGACUGUGUAAAGCUUGGUUAUUGGCCAGCCCGGUGGCCUGGCAGGCAGUGCUGUGCACUGCCCUUGGAAAAGACCUGGGCUUGCAGUCGGCUUGUUCUUGCUGCACAAGACGGUGACUGGAGCUAAGGCUACUAUAGAGGGAUUGUGCUUGGACUUGAGGGUGGGGUGUGGAGCAGGCGUGGGGGGUGGAGACCUGCUCACCAACUCUUCCUGUCCGCUAGUCCACAUGGUAACAGGGUUGGCAUCAGCUUUAGGGGAAGCCACUUUACCCUUCUGAAUGGGAAAGAGUGGCGCACUCCUGGCUACCUCAGGGGAAAUGGGGGAAAGAAGCUUUCAAGAGACUGAACACUUGCGGUGGGAAGAGGACGUGUUCUGUACAUGACAUUCAGAAUGGCUUUUGAUGGGUGCCUGAAGGUGGGGAGCCUUUGGUUGCAGGUCUCGCAUGGGAGAGAGGGAAAGGGUGUGGCCACAUGUGCACAUGCACGCACAUGUGUGUACACGCACACACACAACCUGGAUUAUCUUUGUGCUAUCUAGUGGAUGCUUCUGUGAAACCAAGUUUGUAUAUUGAAUUACAUUAAGGAGUGUUCUUUAAAAAGAGAAAUAAAUAUACAAUGACAUGCUU